AUGAUGCUUGUGCCAUCGAAUCGCCGGCGAGUCGAGCGCGAAAUGUCGACGGCGAUGAAUGACAUUGCCAAGUCACUUAUGCCGCCGUCGGCUGUGCCGACGAUCUGGGAGCUCCCAGCGCAUGGGCGCGAUUCUACGUGGGUCCAAGCUCAGUUGGAGGCCCUUCAGCGCCUUGGUGCACAUGGCGAAGCGGAUGGUCGAGACGUGUACCUAGACGGCCAAGUGUCUGGCACCGUGUACCAUGGCGGUGAGCAGCUGAAUCAGCUGCUCGCAGCGUCGAUUGAGCGCUUCCUCUUGACGAACCCGCUGCACCCAGAAGUGUUUCCAGGUCUGCGAAAGAUGGAGGCAGAAGUCGUGUCAAUGGUGCUGCAGAUGUACCAUGCGCCUGUGGGUGCUGCCGGCACCACAACGUCAGGUGGCACCGAAUCGAUCUUGAUGGCUGUCCUGGCCAUGCGAGAGUGGGGUCGUGCGGAGCGUGGGAUCACACGGCCAGAGAUUGUCGUGCCGUCAAGCGCCCAUGUAGCAUUCGACAAGGCUGGGGCCAUUACUUUGGCGUGA